CUCCGUUCGGCUUCGGCCAGGCCCGGCCCGGUUCGGCUCGGCUCGGCUCGGCUCGGCUCGGCCAUGGGCUGGCCCGUGCUGCUGGCCGCGGCCGCGCUCCUGGCCCCCGCCGCCGCCUGGGAGCCCUCGGCCGAAGAGGAGCAGCUGUUCAAGGCCUGGAUGCUGCAGAACCAGCGGCGGUACGGCCCGGAGGAGUACCCGCGCAGGCUGCGCGUCUUCCUGGGCAACAAGCGGCGCAUCGAGGAGCACAACGCGGGCAACCACAGCUUCCAGAUGGGCCUGAACCAAUUCUCAGACCUGACCUUCGCAGAGUUUAAGAAGCUGUACCUGUGGAGCGAGCCCCAGAACUGCUCGGCCACCAAGGGGAACUUCCUGCGCAGCUCUGGGCCCUAUCCCGACUCUAUCGACUGGAGGAAGAAGGGAAAUUUCGUGACACCCGUGAAAAACCAGGGUGCCUGUGGGAGCUGCUGGACCUUUUCCACCACGGGCUGUUUGGAGUCUGCUAUUGCCAUUGCCACAGGAAAGCUGCUCUCUCUGGCAGAGCAGCAGUUGGUUGAUUGCGCCCAGGCCUUCAAUAACCACGGCUGUAGUGGGGGCCUGCCCAGCCAAGCCUUCGAGUACAUCCUGUACAACAAAGGGCUCAUGGGGGAGGAGAGUUACCCCUACAGGGCCAAGAAUGGCACCUGCAAGUUCCAGCCAGAGAAGGCCAUUGCCUUUGUCAAGGACGUUAUCAAUAUCACACAGUACGAUGAGGAUGGCAUGGUGGAAGCUGUGGGGAGACACAACCCAGUGAGCUUUGCUUUUGAGGUGACCAGUGACUUCAUGCACUACAGGAAAGGAGUGUAUUCCAACCCACGCUGCGAGCACACCCCUGACAAGGUGAACCACGCAGUGCUGGCCGUGGGCUACGGAGAGGAGAGGGGGACCCCUUACUGGAUCGUCAAGAACUCCUGGGGCCGGCUGUGGGGCAUGCAGGGGUAUUUCCUCAUUGAACGAGGCAAGAACAUGUGUGGUCUGGCUGCUUGUGCCUCCUACCCUGUUCCUCAGGUGUAGGAGCAUGGCACAGGCUGGGGACAGGGGGCAGAGCUGGAGUCACUGAUGAGUUCCAGUGGCUGACUGUGGAAUGAGGACAGGCAGAGCAGGGUGCCACAUCCACUGAGAGGUGUUACCCUGCAGAAAGGUGUUACCUGCAGGCAGGUUCCUUGGCUUGCACACACCUCCUGCAGCAGCACGACCUGAGCCUGCUCUCUCCAGCCAAGCCCUUGCGUGCUCCUGUGCCCUGCCAGGUUCCCUCCUCCUGCUGUGAUCAGGUGUGCCUCCAUCCACCUGUCCAGACCCGCAGGAAGUAGCAGGGGCUGCGUGGGUGCUGGGAAACCACACUGGUACUGAUUUAGGGUACACACCCUGUCCUUUGGGUGGCUUUUUAUGUAAUAACCAGGUGUGAAUUUUAGCAAUUUUUAAAUUUUCUUUGAAGGCAAUUUCCCUGUUCUUUAAAGGAAUGGUGAGCGAGUGCUGUGAUUUGUACACUUUUAUCAAUUUUCAUGAAAUGCCUGCUAUCUUUUGUAUUAAAAAAUAGGGUAUUCUAAUGGAUAGGGAAGAAACAGGUGAUUUGUCUUUAACCCAUCAGCCAAGACGCGAGAACCUCGGUGCCGAUUCUGAACAGGCGCUGGGUUAAUGAAGAGUGUCUGUGUUAUUUCACGCUGAAAUCUGUCUCUGGCAAUAAAGCUGCCUCAAC